AGCGACGAGACAUACUAAGAAUCGUAUACGGAAAACCAUGAAGACGACUUUGCUGCUAACUUUUGUGGUGAUGAUGCUCGGAGUGACACUGAACUUGGUGUGGGCUUGUGCCGACGAUGGUUACCUUUAUGACCAGCCCACGGGUGAGCAGCUCCAGGAAAUCCGACUGAUCACUCCCCCCAGGAAGCAUCGCUUGAAGCCACGUGUCUACCCAGGGCAUCCGCUCCAGGGCUGCGGAAACGUGGAGGCGGCGGAUCACUCCGCUGCUCUGACCACCUACCAUGCCAAUCGCCCCCGGCCGCGUCGCAUUUACAAGCACCAGGAAGUCCAGGUGGACAGCUCGUUCUUUGAGCCAUCGCCGGAUCGGAUAGAGGAACUCAAGCGGAUUCUCCUGGAUCAACAAUAA